AAAGAAAAAAAAAGAGAGGCAGCAGCUUGGAGAGAGGGUGUAUGCAAGCUCGCGUUUUUUUUAUUCUUGCAUUCCUGGACACCAAUCAAAAGAGCAAAUCAAGGGAGGUGGAAGGGGGAAAGGCAGCAAGCAAGGGAGCCGGAGCGUGGUGCGAACCGUGCACACACUCACACACCAAAAACACGCUGCCCAGACUGCUUCUGCCACCUAACACUCAAGCAAACACAAACCAAAACAAAUAGGGAGAGAGGAAAAAAAAAACCAAAGGAGAGCCGGGGCAGAGCGGAGCAGCAACCUCGGCCGUGUGUCCAUCGGUGCGGGGCUGAGCGCUGCAGCAGCACAUUGCUGGGCUCCCCACGCCUGCAGACCCGCGCCCUGACUCUACUAUGCUAAAUGUGGCUGGGGAGCCCCCAGGAGACUCUUGGGGGAUCUUUGCCUUUUUGUGUGCCGCACUCUGCAAUCUGCCGGCGGUGCCUGCACUGAACGGCACGGAGGAGCUGGGUGCUGGCCAGUCCAUCCAGAAGACCUACGACCUGACCCGCUACCUGGAGCACCAGCUCCGCACCCUUGCCGGCACUUAUCUGAACUACCUGGGCCCGCCCUUCAAUGAGCCCGACUUCAACCCCCCGCGGCUGGCGCGGGCUGAGCGGGUGCCCAGCGCCACGGUGGACUUGGACCUGUGGCGGGGCCUGACGGACAAUGCGCGCCUGGCAGCCAACUACCGGGCCUACAGCCGCCUGCUGAAAUAUCUGCGUGGCCUGGACGGCCAGGUGGGCACGGUGGAGCUGCGCCAUCGCCUCGGCCACUUCUGCUCCAGCCUGCAGGGCCUGGUGCUCAGCAUCGCCGGCGUCAUGUCUUCCCUGGGCUACCCGCUGCCCGCCGGCCCCGCCGGACCCCCGCCCUCCUCUGGCACCCCUGCAGCCCCCAACGACUUUCUGAAGAAGAUGGAUGACUUCUGGCUGCUGAAGGAGCUGCAGACGUGGCUGUGGCGCUCGGCCAAGGACUUCAAUCGCCUCAAGAAGAAGGUGCCGCCAGCCGUGGUCACACUGCGCAUCGAGGCCAGGGGCUUCUGAGGGCCCCCGCCCUGCUGAGGGCAUCCCCACAGCAGUGGCCGCACACGUCACCACUUGGCCUUCAUGGAUGGGGAUCGCUUUAGUGCCACCGAAGCCACCAUCACCACUUGGCCUUAACAGAUGGGGAUCCUGACCCCAGAGUGCUACCAAAGUCACCCACAUAUUCCUCACCACCUCACUGUGCCUUGAGAGAGAUGGAGUUCCCAAUCCCAAAAUGCCACCAAAACCACUCCAAGUCCCUUCCGUCACCACUGUGUGUUAAGGGACAGGUCUUCUCAUUGUAAAGUGGCACCAAACCCACUCCACAUCCCCACUGUCGCCACUGAUUUAACAGGUGGGGCUCCAGACUCUGAAGUGCCACCAAAGCCAUGCCAUGCCUUUUCUAUUCCCGGAGUGUCAUCAAAGCCACCCCACAUCCCCAGCAUCACCACUGUUCAUUAAGGGACCGGUCUUCCGAUCCCAAAGUGCCAUCGUAGCUUUCCCACGUCACCACUGUGCCUUAACAGAUGGUCUGUCUGUCCCAAAGGGCCAUCAGAACCACCCCAAAUACGUACCAUCAUAUUGCCGUGCCUUGACAGAUGGGAUUCCCACUUCACCAAAGUGCCACUGAAGCCACUCCAUGUCCCCACCAUCACCUCUAGGUCUCAAGGGAUGGUGAUCUUGAUCCCAAAGUGCCACCAAAGCUACCCGGCAUCCCCCCGUCACCACCGUGCCUUAAUGGAUGGGGCUCCUGACCACAAAAUCCUAAGGGACAGGGCUCCCAGACCCACAGACCUCCCCACAUCG